ACUUUCAUGAUCAAGAAGCAGCUCGCGAAGAAGAUGUGGCAGAAUAGGCCCAUUCCUCAUUGGAUUCGUAUGAGAACCGACAAUACUAUCAGGUACGAUGCAAAGCACAAGCAUUGGCACAGAACCAAGCUUUGGUUUUGA